UAUUACCACACUUUCAUUUCAAGAUUUCCACUUCAACUAACAUGAAAUGUUUUUUGAUUUUUUAAUUUUUUGCUAAAAUUAUUUACUGCAUCACCUCUCUAUUUUCUGUUCUUCCUCCACAGAAGUCAUUAUCCAAAGAUGGGAUUUUGAUUUUACCCCCAAAUAGUGAGUUGUUCAUCACUUUCUUUUUUGUUAACCCACUUCUCAUAGUGAUUUCUUUUUCAAGAAUUAGUCAUUAAUAGUUUCAUUUAAUAAUGGAAGAGUUUUGUUCAUCUUCUUCCCAAGAACAAAAGCAUUUAGCAAAAUAGCAAUCACUGGUUGUUGGUCUUUCUUCCCCAAUUUUCUUUCUAUUCGUCUGUUCCUCCAAAAUUAUUGCCACAGUUGUUGGGCUAAUUUUGGUGCCUUUCACAAUUUUUUGAUUUUUCAAUUUUUGGUUUGGUUAUCAGAUUUACCUGCUCUACUUAAAUCCCCCAACUUUUAUAUUUUGCUCUUUCCUUUUCUUCUCUUCGCCAUCGACGCUGCUGCUGGCUAAAGUACACCCUUAUUUACGUGAUGUACAAGUACUGUUAUUGGUAGCUCAGUUUUGGAAUUCCAUUGAUAAACCAAUCGUGAGAAGAAGCUUUGAAGGUAUUCGAAGGGUCGAAGAACAAAUAGAACCGAAAUAAAUAUAGCUUCCUAUGAAAAAAUUAACAUGGUGGAAGUGGCUGAUGAAGAAGCAGCAGUUCUUGUUUGAUGGGGUGUUCCGCGGAUCGAAAAUGAAGCAGCUUCCGUUUAUGGGAGUUGUCUGUGUGGUUAUCUUGUUUGUUCUUUAUAGGACAACAAAAUAUCAGCAUCAACAGACAGAGAUUGACUCGAAGUUGCUCCCGUUCUACACAUCUAAGACUUUUGGCAGGGAUAGGCCGAAUUUAAAUAGUUUACCUCAUGGGAUCAUCGAGGCGAAGUCGGAUUUAGAGUUAAAGCCUCUAUGGAGGAUGAGUGGUUCGAAGUUGAAGAAAAGCGUACGAAGCUCGAGUAAUUUGCUUGCGAUGCCUGUUGGAAUUAAACAGAAGAAGAAUGUGGAUACUAUUGUUCAAAAGUUUCUUUCGGAGAAUUUUACCGUCAUAUUGUUCCAUUACGACGGGAACUUAGAUGGCUGGUGGGAUUUGGAAUGGAGUGGUCAAGCCAUACAUAUAGUGGCUAUCAACCAAACUAAAUGGUGGUUUGCAAAGCGCUUUCUACAUCCGGCAAUUGUGUCUGUAUAUGAUUACAUAUUCCUCUGGGAUGAGGAUUUAGGGGUCGAGAAUUUCGACCCGAGAAGAUAUCUUCAAAUCGUAAAAUCCGUAGGACUUGAAAUAUCUCAGCCAGCUUUGGACCCUAAUUCUACGGGCAUACAUCACCGGAUCACAAUAAGAAAGAAAAGGAAGAUAUUCCACAGACGAGUAUACGAUUCCAGAAGUAGUAGCAAGUGUUCGGACGGCAUUGACAGGCCGCCAUGCACUGGAUUUGUCGAAGGAAUGGCUCCCGUAUUCUCGAGAUCAGCCUGGAAUUGUGCAUGGCAUUUGAUACAGAAUGACCUCGUACAUGGUUGGGGAAUGGACAUGAAGUUCGGCUAUUGUGCACAGGGUGAUCGCACGAGGAAAGUGGGAGUAGUCGAUAGCGAAUACAUUGUUCACCAAGGUAUACAAACUCUCGGCGGCCAAUCUGCAAAAAAGGUCGUCUCCAAUACCAGUAACAAAGCCAUUAUGAAGAGGCCCGGCGUGGAUGUUAGAACAGAGAUACGAAGACAGUCUUCAAUAGAACAGAAAAGGUUCAAAGAAAGAUGGGAAAAAGCUGUGGAGGAAGACAAGGAGUGGGUCGAUCCUUUUCCAAGGAGCAAGAUGAGACGACGUCGUUUUAAUUAAUUCAGCAGCUAACCAUCCCCAACCAAAAGUUACUACUACUCAUUUUAUCUCUUGUCUUCUUCUUCAUGUCGUCUAUCAUUCUUGUACAUUAUUAUUAUUAUUAUUAUUAUUAUUAUUAUUAUUAUUA